AUGUACAAACGCCAACACACCCAAACCUCACAGGCGGUAUCGACGCCAUCAUAUACGCAGGACCAAGAUAUCCACGCCCAGCUCUCCACGGUGGGGAUGAAAGUGCGCCAGCUGGUGGCGAUGGGCUACAAGGUGCCCACCGACAUCCCCUCGCGGGUGCCGUUGCCGCCGCUGAUGGACAAGCCGCCGGCGCUUUCGGCGGGGCUGGGGCUGACGUUGGACACGAUGCUGGGGCUGAACUUGGGUGACUGGGGGAUGCUGCCAGUGCAGACUCUCCCUGAAAGCAACCCGGGGCGAAAGCGCCACUUGGAAGGAGAACCGAUCAAGUUGGUGCGUCCUCCUCUCGGUGAGUUGAGAUUCGAUGAGCAAUUCUAA